AUGUCACCACCGAUACGGGUCUGGGGCGCGUGCAGGACGUUAGCAAUACGGGCCCGACCUACUACGAAGCCUAUCCAAGGCUCCAUCGCGCUCGCCGCGACGGUGUCCAAGAGGUCCCUCGCCACGGAUGGAGGCAAGUCGGCGGGACCCUCAGGGUCGGAUGUCGAGGCGAUGCUACAGGCGGCGGUCACUGGCGGCGUGCUCAAGGCCCACGGGCUCGCAGGAGGGUUGACGCCCGCCCAGGAGCAGACGCUGUACGAAGAAGGCAUCAUCAAGCCGGCGGCGACGGGGAGCCAGGCGCUCGACGAGAUGACGGCGAUUGCGACCGGGCUGCACCUCCGAGGCCUCGCGGGUGGCGGCGCCGCUCUCGAGAUGCCCAUGCCCCUGGAAGUGCGACAGAGGAGGCGAAUCGCGUUCCAGUGGAUCCUCGAAACCGUCAACAAGAAGCCGUCGAUGGGUUCGGGUAGGAAUCAGUUUGCCCACCGACUGGCGUCAGAGAUUAUCGCCGUCGUCGAGGGGCGAUCCGGUGUCUGGGACAAGAGGCAGCAGGUGCACAAGCUUGCUACGGCCGCGCGAGCCAACUUGACCAACAAGAAGAAGGCCAAGAGCAAGAAGGGUUAA